GCCCGAGAUUUAUAUAACAUUAUCAAAUCACAUGAAGCAAAGCUCAUGGCUGAGACGGGGAGGCCGCGCCAGCUCACCAACGCCCGCGCUAUCCAAACCCCCGCGCAUCCGCAACGGUAAAGCCGCGCCGCCGAUGGCUUCCGCUCCCGCGCCCCCGCCGUCGCCGUCGCCGUCGCCGUGCCCCGACGCACGGGCCCCGCGCGUCGUCCGCGCGCCGCCGCGGCGUCCCCCGCCCCGCGCGCCCGGUCCUCCGCCCUGGGCGGAGCGCCGCCCCGCGGUGUCCGUCGACCUCGACCGCGGCCGCCGGGCGGCCCGCGCCGAGGUGGAAGGCGUCCGCGCCGCGUCGCUCCCCGCGCGGCACCGCCUGCGCGUGGAGGGCACCCGGUGGCAGCGGGACUGGAAGGUGUCCGAGGCCGCCGCGCGCGUGCUCGCGCUGCCCCCCGCCGACGCGCACGCCGUCGACGCCGUGCUCAACAGCUGGGCCGGCCGCUUCGCCCGCCGCAAUUUCCCGCUCCUCAUCCGCGAAAUCACAAUUUCUGGAUCCUUGAAACAUGCUGUACAUGUGUUCCGCUGGAUGAAAAAUCAGGAGAAUUACUGUGCUCGUAAUGACAUUUAUGGCAUGAUGAUAAGGUUACAUGCUAGACACAAUCAGGUUGAUCAGGCACGUGGCCUGUUUUUUGAGAUGCAAGAAUGGCGGUGCAAACCUGAUGCUGAUACAUACAACUCUUUGAUCCAUGCUCAUGCUCGAGCUGGCCAGUGGCGUUGGGCCAUCAACAUCAUGGAAGAUAUGCAACGUGCUGCUAUACCUCCUAGUCGAACUACAUAUAAUAAUGUAAUAAAUGCAUGUGGAGCUGCUGGUAACUGGAAGAAAGCUUUAGAGCUUUGUAAGAAGAUGACUGAAAAUGGUGUAGGACCGGAUUUGAUCACACACAACAUUGUUUUGUCCGCUUUCAAGAAUGGAGCUCAGUAUUUGAAAGCCAUAGCUUACUUUGAAAUUAUGAAAUCAUCUAAUGUUGCCCCUGAUACAUUCACUUGGAAUAUUGUGAUCCAUUGCCUUGUAAAGGUUGGGCAGUAUGGAGAAGCUAUUGAGUUGUUUAACUCAAUGAGGGAAAAAAGAACAAUAUGUCCUCCAGAUGUUGUUACAUAUACUAGCAUAAUGUAUUCUUAUUCUGUUUGUGGGCAAGCUGAAAAUUGCAAGGCAGUCUUUGAUAUGAUGGUUGCUGAAGGUGUCAGGCCUAAUAUUGUAUCCUACAAUGCACUUUUGGGUGCUUAUGCCUCACAUGGUAUGCACAAAGAGGCCUUGGAAACUUUUAAAUUACUGAAGCAAAAUGGAUUGAGACCUGAUAUAGUUUCCUAUACCUCCUUACUUAAUGCUUAUGGUAGAUCUGCACAACCUGAGAAGGCUAGGGAGGUCUUUAAUGAGAUGAGGAAGAAUGCAUGCAAACCAAACAAAGUCAGUUACAAUGCACUUAUUGAUGCUUAUGGAUCUACUGGAAUGUUGAAGGAAGCUAUUAGUUUGCUGCAAGAAAUGGAGAGAGAUGGCAUUCAACCGGAUGUUGUUUCAAUAAGUACACUGUUAACAGCAUGUGGCCGCUGCAGACAACUAACUAAAAUUGACACAAUUCUUGCAGCAGCUAAGUCUCGAGGGAUCGAACUAAAUACAGUUGCUUACAACUCAGGCAUCGGAAGCUAUUUAAGUUUGGGUGAUUAUGAGAAAGCUUUGGAGUUGUACGCAUUAAUGAGGACACGCAAUGUGAAGCCAGAUGCUGUAACUUACAAUGUACUCAUUAGUGGAUCAUGUAAAUUGGGAAGGUAUGCAGAAUCUCUGAAAUUUUUUGAAGACAUGAUGGACCUGAAAAUUCAUUUGACCAAGGAAGUCUACUCGUCCGUCAUUUGUUCAUAUGUCAAACAAGGAAAACUAAGCGAAGCAGAAUCCACUUUUAGUUCUAUGAAAGAAUCUGGUUGCUUCCCUGAUGUUUUGACAUAUACUGCAAUGAUUAAAGCCUAUAGCGAUGAUGGGAGCUGGAGGAGAGCGUGGGACCUAUUCAAAGAGAUGGAAAGUAAUGAUGUGCAACCAGAUGCCAUUGUAUGUUCAUCCCUCAUGGAAGCAUUGAAUAAUGGAAGCCAACCUGAAAGGGUCCUUCAGUUGAUGAAAUUCAUGAAGCAAAAACAGAUACCAUUGAACCAAAAGGCUUAUUUUGAGAUAAUAGCUUCAUGCAGCAUGCUACGGGAAUGGAAAACAGCCAGUGAAAUAAUUGAACAAUUGGAUUCCUCCCUCUCAUCCAUUUCUGUUGGCACACUAAACCAUCUUUUGAAUUUUCUUGGAAAAUGUGGCAAGACAGAGAGCAUGAUGAAGCUGUUCUAUAAGAUGGUGACUUCAUGCUCUACUGUGGGCCUUUCUACUUAUACGGUUCUGCUGAGAAACCUUUUAGUUGUUGGGAAAUGGAGAAAGUAUAUUGAGGUGUUGCAGUGGAUGGAAGAUGCUGGUGUCCGUCCAACACUAUAUAUGUAUCAAAGUGUACUUCCAUAUAUCUGGAGAGACAACAGUAUGGACUAUGUUACUCUCAUGCAAGAAAAAAUAAGUGAACAAUGCAUAUUUUCCUGGAUGACGCAUUUUAUCUUUGCUCAUAUCAGAUGCAUUGAGAGAGAAGGUAACAUGACUCCAGAUAUUUCUGCAUUUGUUUGAUACGGAGUACUAGAAGUCUAUAACCGAAUAUGGAAGGCGGCAUCAGAUUGAAGCUAGCAGCAUUCAGGGAGGACAGGAUUGUGAGUGUGCCCUAGUUGGCAUGGAAGCAACUUCCUCAUUAUUGAGAAAAAUGGACAUAGGACUUUGAGAACUGAGAAAUGGACAUGAUUCUACAAUUGCGAGGUUGGCUUGGAAAAAGCAUGACCCCAUGAAUCAUCUCUAUGGCUAAGAUGAGAGAAAUUGGGAUACUUGUUACCUCUAUGGCUUGGCUUGGAAAAAUUAGGUUAGUCUAGUAGAGCAGAGUCUUCCAUUCACCACCUAGAGUUUACAAUCUUGUAUGGCCAUUGUAGUAGCACUUCUUCGACGUUGUAAUUUGUCAAUGUCUUUCAAGUAAGCAGUUUUCCCAUCUUGUAUCAUAUUGGUUUGAGAAUAAUUUUGUUGUGACGAUGAAAAGGAGAUCAUAACAGGGAACACUGUAUAAGGCUUUAUGAAAAAUAUAGAGAUGGCCGUAUGAACAAAUUAGUGAUA